AUGUCUAUUUAUUGGAAAUUACUGGUGGUGAUAUGGAUAGAAGUGGAUGUGAACGACUAUAAUUUGGUUUUAGUCACUAAGAAGGUUGACCCCAAGGUGCAGGAUAACAAAGCUGACAAGGCUGUCAAAGUUGGAGCAUCAACCAUUAAGAAGAAGGCUAAGAAGAUCCGCACAUCAGUCACAUUUCACAGGCCAAAGACAUUGCAGAAGGCAAGGAACCCCAAGUACCCACGUAUUAGUGCACCACCAAGGAACAAGCUUGACCAUUACCAGAUCCUGAAAUACAUACUCACCACAGAGUCCGCGAUGAAGAAGAUUGAAGACAACAACACCCUGAUAUUCAUUAUUGAUAUCCAGGCUGACAAGAAGAAAAUCAAGGAUGCUGUCAAGAAGAUGUACAACAUCCAGACAUAG